AUGCAAGGUCUCGAUAUGCAAAAUGAUGGAGAGUUUCAGAGUGAUGUAUCUGUACUUCUUGCUGCUAUGCUUUAUAAAACCGCUCACUUCACAAGACAGCAUCACUCCCGGAAACUUGAUUAGAGAGGGCGAGACUUUAGUUUCCUCAAAUGGGGAUUUUGAAUUUGGAUUCUUCCGCCCUGGGUCUGCAAACGCCCGGUAUUUAGGGAUAUGGUAUAAGAAGUCUCCGUCUACAAUCUUCUGGGUGGCCAACCGAGACAAACCUCUCAACAACGAUAGGGGUAAGGGUGUCUUACGGUUAAAUGAUCGAGGAGUUCUCCUCCUUCUUGAUGCCACAAACAACAACACCGUGUGGUACUCCAAUCAUUCAUCAAUCAGAGCAUAUAAUACUUUUGCUCAACUCUUGGAUUCGGGAAAUCUCGUGGUGAAAAAUGGAUAUGGUGGUGGUGACAGUGGUGACUUUGACCAACUCUUAUGGCAGAGUUUUGACCACCCUUGUGACACCUUAAUGCCGGGAAUGAAGCUUGGGUGGGAUGAAGAAACGGGUUUGGAUAAAUUUCUGUCAUCUUGGAAAAGUUCAGAUGAUCCAGGUCAGGGAGACUACGUAAUGAAACUAGACCGUAGAGGGUACCCACAAAUCUUUCAACUGAGUGGUUCCAAGGUGAUAGUUAGAGCAGGGUCAUGGAAUGGCGUCUCUUUCACGGGAUAUUCAAAACAUAGUCCGGAUCCAGUUGAAAAACUGGAUGUGUUGAAUGAAAAAGAGGCAUAUUACAAGAGUAGUCUUAUAAAUAAUUCAAUUUUCUCUAGAUAUAUAAUGACCCCUUCAGGCAUAGGGCAGCGUUUUGAUUGGGUAAUUCAAACAAGCAGCUGGCGGGUGAUGAACACUGCUCUUCCUGACUCGUGUGACAAUUAUGCAUUAUGUGGUGCAAAUUCUAUCUGCGACAUCAGUAGCAAUCCUGUUUGCGAAUGCCUAAGAGAACCCAAGAAUUUUAAGGAAUGGAAUGUGUCUGAUUGGAACAGUGGCUGCACUAGAAGGGUUUCUUUGAAUUGUGAUGCUAGCGAUGGAUUUAAGCAGUAUACAGGCGUUAAGCUGCCAGACACGUCAUCUUCAUGGUAUAACAUGACCAUGGCCCUUGAGGAAUGCAAGAGAACAUGUCUGCAAAACUGUUCUUGUACAGCAUAUGCAAGUUUGGAUGUUCGAGGUGAAGGAAGUGGCUGCUUGAUAUGGCUUGAUCAACUAGUUGACAUGAGACAAUUUCUUGACGGUGGACAAGACCUCUAUGUACGAGUUCCUGCUUCAGAGCUAGAUCAUUUUCGGGAUGAAGGCCAUGGAAGCAUUGGCAAGAAGGAGAUAGUGGCAAUUGUGGUUGGCUGUGCAAUAUUCGUAUCAAGUUUUAUGAUUUUUGGAUUGACUUUAAUUGCAAGGAAAAGGAGACUUCAAGAUUCGGUGGAGGAGGGCAUGGAUCUUCCAACAUUUGAUUUGUCAGUCAUAAUGAAGGCCACUGAUAAUUUUUCUACCGUUAACAAAUUGGGUGAAGGUGGCUUUGGGCCUGUAUACAAGGGUAUUCUAGAAGAUGGCCAAGAAUUAGCUGUGAAAAGGUUGUCCACAAAAUCUGAUCAGGGGUUGGAAGAGUUGAAAAAUGAAGUUCUAUUGAUAGCAAAACUUCAACACCGUAAUCUUGUGAAGCUUCUUGGUUGCUGCAUUGAAGGAGAAGAAAAGUUGCUGAUUUACGAGUAUAUGCCAAACAAGAGCUUGGAUCACUUUAUUUUUGAUGAAAGUUGUAGCAACUUGUUGGACUGGCUUAAGCGUUGGCAUAUCAUUCAUGGCAUUGCUCGAGGACUUGUAUAUCUUCAUAUAGAUUCCAGAUUAAGAAUUAUUCAUAGAGAUCUUAAAACCAGCAAUAUUCUUCUAGAUGCUUACAUGAAUCCAAAAAUAUCUGACUUUGGCCUUGCUCGCAUAUUUUGGGAUGAUCAAGUGGUCGCCAAUACUAACAAAGUUGUUGGAACAUAUGGAUAUAUGCCUCUUGAAUAUGCUGUGCGUGGACAAUUUUCAAUGAAAUCAGAUGUCUUUAGCUUUGGUGUAAUAGUACUAGAAAUUAUUAGUGGAAAGAAGAACAGAGAGUUUUCUCACCCUUAUCUCAAUCUUCUUGGACAUGCAUGGAGACUGUGGAUCCAAGGAAGACCAUUGGAGCUACUGGAUGAAUGUUUAAAGGAAAGUUGUAGUCAAUUUGAAGUCGUAAGAUGUGUACAGGUAGGACUAUUAUGUGUGCAACAAAGAGCUGAAGAUAGGCCAGAUAUGUCAACUGUAAUUCUUAUGUUAAAUGGUGAGAAAUUGUUGCCACAACCAAAAGUUCCUGGUUUUUACACUGCAAGUGAUGUCCUCGUUGGUUCAAGUUCAUUACACCAAAUAUUCACACAGUUCUCACAAAAUGAAAUUUCUCAAACCAUGCUAGACGGAAGGAAUGAAGCUUGGAUGGAUCAAGAAACAGGUCUGGAUAUAACUCUGUCUUGGAAAAGCUCAGAUGAUCCAGGUCAAGGAGAUUACAAAAUCAAAAUAGACCUUAAAGGAUUUACAGUGACCCCAUCAGGGAUUGGGCAGCGUUUUGAUUGGUUAAUUAAAACAAGCAGCUGGCAGUUAAUGAACCCUGCCCCCCUGGUCAAUGUGCAAAUUAUGCCUUGUGUGGAGCAAAUUCUAUAUGCAACAUCAGCAACAGUCCUUUGUGAAUGCCUGAGAGGUAUGCGGGAGUCAAGUUGCCAGACGCCUCUUCUUCAUGGUAUAACAAGACCAUGGUUCUUGGGGAAUGAAGACGUGGAUAUUCCAACAUUUGAUCUGUCAAUCAUAGCUAAGGCUACUGAUAAUUUUUCUGCCACUAACAAAUGGGGUGAAGGUGGCUUUGGGCCAAUAUACAAGGGUACUCUAGAAGACGGGCAAGAGUUAUCUGUGAAAAGGUUAUCAACAAAAUCUGGUCAAAGGCCGGAAGAGUUGAAAAAUGAAGUUGUGUUGAUAGGCAUGAUGUGCAAAAUAAUGGAGAGUUUCAGAGUAAUGUAUCUGUUCUCCUUGCUGCUAUGGUUUAUAAAACCGCUCACUUCACGGGACAGCAUCCCCCCAGGAAACUUGAUUAGAGAGGGUGAGACUUUAGUUUCCUCAAACCGGGAUUUUGAACUAGGAUUCUUCACCCCUGGGUCUUCAAAUGCUCGAUACGUAGGGAUAUGGUAUAAGAAGUCUCCUUCUACAAUCUUCUGGGUGGCCAACCGAGACAAUCCUCUCAGCAACGAUAGGGGUAAGGGUGUUUUACGGUUAAAUGAUCGAGGAGUUCUUCUCCUCCUUGAUGCCACGAACAACAACACAGUGUGGUCCUCCAAUCAUUCUUCAGCCAGACCAUAUUACCCUUUUGCUCAACUCUUGGAUUCGGGAAAUCUUGUGGUGAAAAAUGGAUAUGGCAGUGGUAAGUUGGACCAAAUCUUGUGGCAGAGUUUUGACCACCCUUGUGACACCUUAAUGCCAGGAAUGAAGCUUGGGUGGGAUGAAGAAACGGGUUUGGAUAAAUUUCUGUCAUCUUGGAAAAGCUCAGAUGAUCCGGGUCGGGGAGAUUAUGUGAUCAGAAUAAAGCGGAGAGGGUACCCACAAAGCUUUCUAAUGAAUGGUUCUAAGGCGAUGGUCAGAGCAGGACCAUGGAAUGGCUUCACUUUCACGGGAUUUUCAAGUCAUUUUCUUAGUCCAGUAAUAAAUCCUGAGUUUGUGUUGAAUGAAAAAGAGGCAUAUUACAAAUUUGAUCUUGUGAAUAAUUCAGUUUUCUGUAGAUAUAUAGUGACCCCUUUAGGUAUCGGGCAGAGUUUUGAGUGGGUAAUUCAAACGAGCAGCUGGCGGGUGAUGAUCACUGGUGCCCCUGACCUGUGUGACAACUAUGCCUUAUGUGGUGCAAAUACUAUCUGCGACAUCAAUAACAAUCCUCUUUGUGAAUGCCUUAGAGGGUAUGAACCCAAGAAUUUUAAGGAAUGGGAUGUGUCUUAUUGGAGCGGUGGCUGCACUAGAAGGGUUUCUUUGGAUUGUGAUGCCAGUGAUGGAUUUAAGCAGUAUAAAGGCAUCAAGUUGCCAGACACCUCUUCUUCGUGGUAUAACAAGACCAUGGCCCUUGAGCAAUGUAAGAGAACAUGUCUGCAAAACUGUUCUUGUACAGCAUAUUCAAAUUUGGAUAUUCGAGGAAGUGGCUGCUUGAUGUGGUUCGAUGAACUAUUUGACAUGAGACAAUUUCUUGAGGGCGGACAAGACCUCUAUGUACGAGUUCCUGCUUCAGAGCUAGAUCAUUUUAAGGACGAAGGCCAUGGGAGCAUUGGCAAGAAGGGGCUAGUAGGAAUUGCUGUUGGCUGUGCAAUAUUUGUAACGGGUUUCAUGAUACUUGGAUUGACUUUAUUUGCAAGGAAAAGAGAACUUUGUGAUUCAGCGAAAGAAGUCUUGGAUCUUCCAACAUUUGAUGUGUCAGUCAUAGCUAAAGCUACUGAUAAUUUUUCUGACAUUAACAAACUGGGUGAAGGUGGCUUUGGACCAGUAUACAAGGGUAUUCUACAAGAUGGGCAAGAGCUAGCUGUAAAAAGGCUAUCAACAAAAUCUGGUCAAGGGCUAGAAGAGUUGAAAAAUGAAGUCGUGUUAAUAGCAAAACUUCAGCACCGUAAUCUUGUGAAGCUUCUUGGUUGUUGCAUUGAGGGGAAAGAGAAAUUGUUGAUUUAUGAAUAUAUGCCAAACAAGAGCUUAGACCACUUUAUUUUUGAUGAAGUUCGUAGCAAGUUGCUGGAUUGGCUUAAGCGUUGGCAUAUUAUUCAUGGAAUUGCUCGAGGACUUGUCUAUCUUCAUAUAGAUUCCAGAUUAAGAAUUAUUCAUAGAGACCUUAAAACUAGCAAUAUUUUGCUAGAUACUUCUAUGAAUCCAAAAAUAUCUGACUUUGGCCUAGCUCGCACAUUUUGGGAUGAUCAGGUUGAGGCCAACACUAACAAAAUUGUUGGAACAUAUGGAUAUAUACCUCCUGAAUAUGCCAUGCAUGGGCAAUUUUCAACGAAAUCCGAUGUCUUUAGCUUUGGUGUGAUAAUUUUAGAAAUUGUUAGUGGGAAGAAGAACAGAGGCUUUUCAAACCCAGAAUACUACCUUAAUCUUCUUGGACAUGCAUGGAGACUGUGGAUCCAAGGAAGAACAUUGGAGCUAUUGGAUGAAUGUCUAAAGGAAAAUUGCAUUGAAUGUGAAGUCAUAAGAUGUAUACAAGUAGGACUAUUAUGUGUGCAACAAAGAGCUGAAGAUAGGCCUGAUAUGUCAGUUGUAGUUCUAAUGUUAAAUGGUGAGAAAUUGUUGCCACAGCCAAAAGCCCCUGGUUUUUACACUACGAGUGAUGUUUCUCCUGAUCCAACUUCUUUUGACCAAAGAUGUACGCAAUUCUCACAAAACGAAAUUUCUCAAAGCAUGCUGGGGGGAAGAUGAUUCAGAGAAUGGCACAAGAAAUUCCAUCCAGCUUCAAUGUUCUUACCGCUUGUUGGAAUACCUGUUA